UAGAACUGGUGGAGGAUGUCUGGAGAGGGGAAGCACAGGACCUUCUUACCCAAAUUGCACAGCUGCAGGAGGAGAAUAAACAACUGAUGACAAACUUGUCUCACAAAGACAUUAAUUUCACAGAAGAGGAAUUUCAGAAGCAUGAAGGAAUGUCAGAGAGAGAGCGGCAAGUCAUGAAGAAGCUGAAAGAAGUGGUAGAUAAACAGAGGGAUGAAAUCAGAGCAAAGGACCGUGAACUCGGACUUAAAAAUGAGGAUGUAGAGGCUCUUCAGCAGCAACAGAACAGGUUAAUGAAAAUUAACCAUGACCUGCGGCACCGGAUCACUGUUGUUGAGGCUCAGGGGAAGGCACUGAUUGAGCAGAAGGUGGAGUUAGAAGCAUAUCUGCAAACCAAGGAGCAGGAGAUGGGCAACCUGCGAGCAGAGCUGGGGAAACUGAGAGAAAAACUGCAGGGUGAGGACAGCCAAAAUGGGGAGGAAGUAAAGGCAGAACCAAACAAUGAUGACUGCCUCUCAGAGUCAGAAAAGAUGGCAAUGGACUUAAAAGAUCCGAAUCGUCCAAGAUUCACCUUGCAGGAGCUCCGGGAUGUCCUUCAUGAGAGGAAUGAAUUGAAAUCUAAAGUGUUUUUACUUCAAGAGGAGCUUUUAUAUUACAAAAGUGAGGAAACAGAAGAAGAAACUAGAUCCCCUCAACCUACACCCAUCAUUCAGUCAAAACCCUCAACUCAGCCUGAAUCUGGAAUCAAACGACUGUUUAGUUUCUUCUCUCGUGAUAAGAAACGUAUGCAGGCAUCACAGAAAAAUGUCCACUUCCAGGAUACUUUUGGAGAAUGGUCAAAUUCAAAUAAAGAUGACUCCUACACCGAACAAGGACAAGAAGCCCUGCAGCACCUGUGACUAAAACAUUGGGGUGUUCAGUUUACCGCAGUAGAUCUCGACAGCCUAGUAACAAGAAGCUUCUGUAAACAAAUCCGGCAGCUCAUCACUUUUAUUUGCCUUGCACACCUCAGUGGCUGUGUUUCAGAUGUACUCUUCAAAAGGGAUCCCUCACAGUUUACUUGGUGACUGUUUGCUGCAAACAGAAUCCAAGCUUUGUAGUAACAGUUGCUGAUACCCUGGGACAUCAAAGCUUCUAGAUGACUUGUUCUGUGCUGAAUAACAAGUCUAUGGUCUUGUUCAUGCAUUAACUACAGUAACACAAGCUUCUUUAAACCAAAAAAAGGACCUGUGCCAUUAUUAGAAGUUUGCAGUGUACAAUACCUAGCGGCAAAGACUCUUUUACCCUGUUUGUUAACACUAUCGGUUGUUUGCUUUUUAUUUCUGUAAGAAUUUUUUCAAGAGGGAUACGACAGCUGGCCACUCUCUGUGGCAGGUCUUGGCACCACUGUGUCCUGUCAAGUUCAGCUGGCAUCUGCAUUUUGCAGAGUAACCACUUGGAAAUCCACCUGAUACAAACGGAUAAACUGGAGUAGCCUUCAGAGGGAUAGUGAGUGUACAUUUCCCUUGCUGCUUAUAGUGCCUAAAGCAUGGAGAAACCAAUGUAUGAGGUGAGCGUGCCUUGCAUUUUGCCAUGAGUUCUGCAGUAUUAAUGGAAAACAAAUUGCUUUUGAGGAGGAAUUCUAACACUUGAAUUUUUUCCUUCUUACUAGGGACUUCCCCCUAGAGUAGGAGACAGCUGCUGUAAAGGAAUCGGGUCUGUUUCCCACAGACAGGUUUUUAAUUAAGUCGCACUCCACUUUUCUGUCUAGUAAGACUGCCUAACUUCAAAGUGAAAGACAUCCUCAGCUAGCUGACAUGAACUAUUGUAACUGACUUAGAGAUGACCCCAAGUCGGGAAACGUUUUCUCUGACUAGUCUAAACACUACUCAGGCAGAGCGGAUGAGUUGUCUACGUGCAGGCUGCUCUGCUGGCGUUGACUGAUGUUUGGGUAGCCUGCAGUUACAGGAGCUUACCUUGCCAGCAAAAGCCCAGCGCAGCUGAGCUGCCAGGAGGUGGGGUUUAGAUCCGCUUUGCAGUUGAGCUUGUGAGACCUCGGUUGUACUUACAAAACCCAUGACACUAAAGGCCCAUGCAGUGUAACUGUUGCGUACAGUCGGGUGUCAGCACACGCCCUGCCUCUGCACCACACACUCCGCGAAGGCACCUAACCCGGCAGGAGAGGGCGAGCGUGGCCGCGGCUUCUUGCGAGGGAAGUGCUGAGGUCUUUCUGUGAACUUGGCUGCGUGCUGGGAGAGUCCACGCUGGAGCUCAGCAUGGCUGGUGAGGCGUACCUAGUUAUGAUGAGGCUGUAGGCAACUUCUGCACAUGUAGCUUCAUCUGCUCUGUAAAGAGCCUCUUCUCAGGGGUGGCACUAGGAACAGGAAACAACGCUCAGGCUGGAGUAAAGCUCCAACUACUCCAGGUGCUGAA